AGAUAAAUACGUUUCUGAUAAUCAAUUUUUCUAGACCAAUACUGUUAUGUUUUGAAUGUUUCUGUUUAUGAUUGUUUCUAGAGAUGUGCUGUUCUGUCAUUGACUUUUGUGUUGAUGACCAGUUCUACACGUGAAUUUUUUAGAUCCGUGCGAUUUCACAAUAUUGCAGGUUAUUUUACUAAUAAUUGUAAUCGUGUCGUGAUGGUCGUGUCUCUGAUUUAGUCCACGAUGGAGUUUAUGAAAAUUUUUGAUGAAAAGUUCCACGAAAUUGUCAAAUCUGGAAUUAGAAGCAUUUUACUGGAAAACGAGCCUGAAGAUGUAGAAAAUUCGAUUUUGAAAGACUGGCUUCCGGAAAAACCAAAUUCCCUAGCUUGCUCCUACUGUCGGGUAGAAUUCGAUCAGGUGUGCCAACAGCGCGAGCAUUACAAACUCGAUUGGCACCGUUACAACCUGCGCCAGUCCCUUCUUCAAAAACCGCCAAUAACCGAAGAAGAAUUCGACGAGAAAACCACUCACGACGAUAUUUCCAGCAUUUCGGGCUCAGACUCCGAAAAAGACGACAAUUUGGACAGUUUUGCCACAGCUCAAGGCAAGAUUUUCCUCCAAAAUGAACAAGGAACUGUGUUUUCAAUUUACGCGUGUCUUCUCUAUCGGAAAAAAGAGGAAUUACAAAACCAAGUAUUAAAAACCCGGCUGAAAGAAUGUUGUGUGAGUAACAGGAAGUGGGCUGUUUUGAUGCUGGGAGGGGGCCACUUCGCGGGGGCUGUCUUCGAUAACGACCAAGUUGUGGUGCACAAAACCUUCCAUUGUUACACUGUGAGGGCCGGUCAAGGGGGGGCACAGUCCUCACGUGAUGCUAAAAGUGGGGGCUCGGGGCCCAAAAGUGCAGGGGCGUCUUUGAGACGAUACAACGAACAAGCGUUAGUACAACACGUGAGAGGGAUUGUGGACACGUGGAAGUCGCAGUUGGACGAAUGCGCGCUUAUUUUAUACAGGGCUUCGGGGCCCUACAACCGGGGGGUGCUUUUCGGGGGUGGCGACCCCGUGUUUGAUAAAAAUGAUGCUAGAUUAAGGACUAUUCCGUUUUCGACAAGACGGGCCACUUUUACGGAAGUUAAGAGAGUUCAUUCGGAGAUGACAACGGCUCAAGUGUAUCACUCGUAUGACUCGGCUAUUCAAUAUUUCACACGUCGGAAAAACACUAAACGGGUCAAAACGAGAUCACCAUGCAUUGACAGGGCCAAAUCAAGAGAAAUAAUCGAGCGCCCUCUGCCCGUAACACAUGAAACAAGUUCCGACGAAGAAGUCUUAAACCUAUCGACUGAAAACAACGAAAUUUCAUUCGUCGAUUCGCUCCAGGAGUUCGAGGAUACGCUAACACCCGAACAAAGACGGAAACGCAAACCGAAAAAAAGUAAAACAAAACAAAACGAGCAACGAAAACACGAAUUAAUCCAAACGUUGCAAAAAGGCGAUAUUGAGACUUUGGCCCGCGUUGUGAACGACUUUAAUGAAAUUGUCGACGAUGACGGGAAUACUUUACUCCACAUCGCUGCAAUGAACGAACAAAACGCAACUCUUAGUUUCCUACUGGAAAAAGGGGCCAAUCCUUGCGCCAAAAACCACAAACAGCAAACGCCCUACACUUGCACACAAAGUAAGGAAAUUCGUGAGAGUUUGAAACAAUUCGCUCGGGAUUUCCCCGAUAAAUACAACUACAACAAGGCGCAAAUUCCGACCAAUGUCCUCACACCGGAGGAAUUAGCCGAGAAGAAGAAAGCGCAACGAAAACUCAAAAAGGAAAAGGAGAAAAUCAAAAAGAAGGAAAAUGAGAUUAAACGACGCGAGGAAAUGGAAAAGGAGAGGUUUUUGAAAUUGAGCGACCGCGAAAAACGGGCAUUGGCCGCCGAACGACGGAUUUUAAGCCAGUCUGGGACUGUGAUAACUCGGUGUUUCCUAUGCGCUUGUGACAUGACCGGGAAAGUGCCGUUCGAGUAUUUGGGAAAUCGGUUUUGUUCAGUGGAGUGUCUCAAAGCCCACCGGUUACAAAAUCCACAAAUCUUGUAGGAGUUUAUUACUGGAAAAAUAACCAUAAAAUCAACUAAAUAAAUGCAUCACUAGAUUGUCCAUCAAGGAAGUCGUCAAACAAUUUCUCUAAAAAUAUCUAACAAUAAUUCACAGAUUUGGUCCUUUGGUAGAAAAUUACAAAAUUGUAUUUCUCAUACUGAACGAAAAUAAAUACUUGAAAAAAAAUUUUACGAACGUCAA